CGCAGCCGUAGCCUGCUUUGCUCUUGAGUCGAUCGUCUCGUCCCGUCCCAUCCUCCUCAUCGCAUCACCAUGCCCUCUCUUCAGAAGCCUCUGCAGUUGCCCGAGCGUCCUCAGGGCCUGCCGCACCCGGAGUAUGUCACGCCCCGCGGGGUCUCGCCGCUCGUGUCCGUCCGGGAGGCAGGCCUGCAAUACCCCAACUACACGCCAUUCACGCUGCCCAACUUGGAGGAGCAGCCCUUCGUGGAUCGCGGGUUGAGCGCCGACCCGGGCAAGAGUCGUCUGCUCAGUGCCGCCCAGGACGUGAUCCAUCUGACGCCCGAAAUCGGCACCGAGAUUGUCGGCCUGCAGCUGACGGAGCUGACGGACGAGCAGAAAGAUGAUCUCGCCCGGCUGGUGGCCGAGCGUGGCGUGGUGUUCUUCCGGGAUCAGACCAUGGAUGUGCAUGAGCAGAUCGCUUUUGGGGCGUACUACGGCCCCUUGCACAUCCACCAGAUGGCGGGCAUCAUCCCCGAUCUGCCGUGGGUGCACCCCAUCUACAAGGAUGAGACGGCCGUCAACGGGCGCUCCCACCAGAUCUGGCAUUCGGAUGUCAGCUAUGAGAUUCAGCCUCCGGGUCUGACGAUGCUGAAGAUGGACACGCUCCCCAACGCCGGGCCGGAUGGCAGUGUGACCGGCGGGGAUACCAUCUGGGCCAGUGGCUAUGGUCUGUAUGAGUCUCUCUCGCCCAAACUCCGAACCUUCCUGGAGACGCUGGAGGCCCGACACAGUGGCCUGGAGCAGGCGGAAAAGGCCCGGCGUACCAACGGAUGUCUGCGCCGCGAUCCCAUUGAAACCCUGCACCCGGUGGUUCGCACGCACCCCGUGACCGGAUGGAAAACGCUGUAUGUAAAUGAAAACUUCACCAAGGAGAUUGUCGGACUGGAAAAACGGUUGGGGGAUAGCAUUCUGGACCACCUGUACCGCACGGUGGCCGAGGGAUAUGAGUUCCAGGUGCGCUGGAAGUGGUCCCCGAAUGCCGUUGCCAUCUGGGACAACCGGGCCACGUUUCACACGGGCAUUUUUGACUAUUUCCCGCAUCUGCGCCACGGGUUGCGCGUGGCUCCCCAGGCCGAGAGACCGUACUUGGAUCCCCAGUCGACGACCCGGCGGGAGGCUGCCGGCAAGUGA